AUGUAUUAUUGUUUUAAAAAAUAAUUUUUAAUUUUAAGCUAUUGCCUUUUUCUGUAUUAUUCUUUUAUUGGUAGGGAGAUUCUUAAAUUACCUAGGACUCAUCAUUAAAAUGUAUAGAUAAAUUUUUCAUAAAGAAAAGGCUAAGAAAGGUUAAUAAUUGAAUGGUUAUUAUUAAUUUAUUUUCAAAAUAUAAUUAAUAAGAUAUAAAAAGAAAAAUAUCUUGAAUUCUUAAUGACUAAUCAAUAAGGACCCUUCUCUACCCCUGCAUUUAUCAUAAAACUGUAUGAUAUGCUUGAUGAAUAAGUAUUUUUAUAUGAUAAUCUCAUAAAGAGUACCCCAUAAUUUUAAACAAUAAUUAAAUGGAGUGACGAUGGUGAAUACUUCAUUGUAAUGAACCCCAAAGAAAUGGAAACUCAGAUAUUGCCAUAAUAUUUCAAACACAAUCACUAUUAAUCCUUUUUAAGACAAUUAAACAUGUAUGAGUUCUAGAAGGCAAGGAAUUCAGAGAAUAAUGAAAUAUUUACCCACCCAAAUUUCAAAAAAGGAAACAAGUAUUAUUUUCUUACAAUAUUAGAAAACAAUUAUCUCAAAUUAAACGAAACCCAAUCAAAUAGAAAGUAUUAUUGAAGAAAGAAAAGAAAAAGGUAAAAGCAGAAUCAAAUGAGGCUGAAUUUGAGUAAUAAAUGGAAUAAGAAUUAACAUUCUUAAAAUAAAGGUAGCUAUAAUUUGAAAAUGAUUUCAAAGCGAUAAGUGAAUAAAACUAAGUUAUUAUGGAAUAACAUAAUUCUAUAUGGUCCUAAUUAAGUUUGUCUAGACAAUCAUUAGAUACUAAAAUUGAUAGGCUUAGCUAUUUGUUAAGUUUCUUUUUGAAAUAACAAGAUACAAACAUUAAAGAUAAUAAUGGAUAAGAUUUAUUUAAAGCUAAUGUCAAGACAGAACUAGAACUUCCAUAGUCGCAAACUUAAUAAAUGGAAUCAUUAUCCCCAAUAUUAAGAAUGAUGUAAUCAUAACUAAAUUAUUCACUUAAAAAAAAUUUAUCAACAUUUAGCCCAAAUUAAUGUAAGAUAAUAAAAUAUUUGUUUUUAGUAAAUUCUCCUUUGCCAAUUAGAAGUUAAUAAGAAAAUUAAGACAGUUAAUACUCGAAUUUAAGUCCAUAUUAUCAGAAGUCUUUUUAAGAUUACAUGUGA